CAGCCAACUGCCGGGCCCUAGGGUGGGAGAACUGAGUAGGUCGUCGCGUACGAGUAGUCCGCUGCAUCGCCGUCUGCGUCUGGUUAUAUCUUUCUUUCGUAUUCUCCAACCCACCACACGAGCAUUCGCAUUCCAUACUACGAGUACACACAACACAACCUUUCUGCCCUCAACUCUCGCUGUUAGGCACUAGAAACUAGAUACUACGCACUAGGCACUAGGCACUAGGCACUACACCCCACUCCGCCUCCCUGCCAUUUCCCUUGUCGCCUCCUCUUUGCACCCUCUCUAAAAGGCGGAAGCCUGCUGCCAUUCUUCUCUCAUACACCCAAGUUGCGACGAAUAUUGGACCCUGAGAAAAAGCAGUACGAAUAUACGACGACCGCGACCACGACCAUGACCACGACCACGACCUUCACUGCCACCGCUCUGAUCCUCAUCUGCCCUGCCCACACCCGAGGACGGGUACUGGUACCUCUCAAAAGAGCCUCAUUCACCUCGCCUCCCACCGCUCUAGAAUUCUAGACCUCGAUUUGGUCGCCUCAGCCUGUCGUCAUCGAACCAGUCAAAUAUCGAGUCCGACCACAAACACCAAGCCCGCGCCCUACUCGUAUACGAAGGACGAAGAACGAAGGACCUUGACAACGGUCAUCUGCCACUACUGAACUCAGAAUCUAAAACAUAAUAUCCAUAUCAACGGUGGCCAAUAUGAAUGCUCUGCCAUAGCUGAAUCCCCCAUAUUUUUUUGGAGCACCCUGUCGUUUUAACAUUUGCAACUUCACUCGCGCCUUCCUCACACUCCCAGCAUUAGCGCAUCACAUUUCCAAGUGCGCCAUGGUAGCAAGGACAGUAACAAGACCCGUCCCAAGGCUCUCUUCCUCCCACACCCAUUCCACCUCGCAGACAACCCCCCAUAAAACAGCAAUGCGGCCGUCGACGACUCCGUUGAGUCCGUCCUCGAGAAUUCCUCCCUCCGUCGGCCAGCCUUUACCUCCACAUCUACGGACGCCUGGAAAUGUUGACGUUCGAACUCCAAGUCCGAAUUAUUUCGGCCUCAUUGUGGAACCAGCAAGCGAUUCUAGGGCUUCUGCAGUAGGCCCAAAAGAUAACUGGGGUGGGACGUCAUCGAUUGUCUCUUUUGGGGCAGAUUCACCAAAACAUUUACCGCUCGACGCCAAUCCCGAGUUCGAGGCCUUUAGGAGGCAGACAGAGGGUGGGAAGGGUUUCAAUCUGGGGCAUGGAAAUCUAUCCCAUUUUGCCUCUACGCCGGGGUCUCAUGGACGCCUAAAACCGGAACGAAAUCCAUCAAAAACCGACAAUGAUGACCCCCUUUCUCCCAUCUCCCCAAUGUCACAGGCGAGGCCUGAACGUAUGGAUUUCGAUGGCACCCGUGGCCAUCAUUAUCCUACCCCUCCCAGAGCGUUACCUACUCCAUCCUUUUUCGAUCUUCCUCGUCAACAAUCUCCUUUGACUAUCACCCCUCUGAAUCCUCCCACACCGCGAGAUACACUCUCGCAUGUCGAUGAUAGACAUCCUCGGUUAUCUUUGCCCCAAAACAGGGCUAAUCCCCCAUCGCCACAGGUACGGCUUCUGCAGAAGACGCAGUCCCGUGGAGAUACCUUACCCGCUUCAUUAGAAGAAGGCCCAGCCUUGAUAACGCCCUCUCAGCUGCAUGAUUUGUUGGAACGUUUACCAUCUUCACAAUACCUCCUUUUGGACCUUCGUGUUUCCCCUCAGUAUGCCGCUUCUCGCAUUCAGGGCGCACUCAAUCUCUGUAUUCCCACCACUUUAUUGAAAAGACCUUCGUUUAACCUUCGAAAACUUCAGGAUACCUUCAGUACAGAUGCUGAUAAGGAAAGAUUUUCAGAAUGGAGAAACACCAAAUAUAUCAUUGUUUAUGACUCUCAUUCUAUGGAGAAGAAAGAUGCUUUAUCGGCUGUAAAUACCCUACAGAAAUUCGCUAAUGAAGGAUGGACGGGUACAAGCUACAUUUUGCGGGGAGGAUUUGCACAAUUUUCUAGACAUUGUCCAAAUCUCAUCGAUGACCAAUCAUCCCAAGAUACCAACAAAACAUCUAAAAUCACUUUGUCGCUCGGAACUUCGUCGCAGCCUCCCGUAGCUCCGGUCGCCGGCGGCUGCCAAAUGCCAGCAACCAAAGACGCCGCGAAUCCCUUCUUUGGUAACAUACGACAAAAUACGGACUUGAUAGAUGGCGUGGGCCAAAUAGAUCUUAAGGUGCCAGACGUAUUCCAUGAAUCGACCCCGAAGAUGUUACCAGCAUGGCUUUCCGCUGUUGUCGCGAAAGAGGAUCAUGGCAAGAAAGUGGCCGACAAAUUCUUACGUCUUGAGCUCGCUGAGCAGUCCAGGAUGACCAAGGCUCUUUCUAAUGAAGUGCAGUACGGAACGCCAGCAGCAGAUUCCAAACAUGUCCAGAUCGCUGGAAUUGAGAAGGGCAGUAAAAAUCGGUACAAUAAUAUUUGGCCCUUUGAGCAUGCUAGAGUCAAACUACAAAAUCGUCCAGAAGGCACUUGCGAUUAUGUCAAUGCUAGUCAUAUCCAUCCAUCAAGGAGUAAUAAGAGAUAUAUUGCAUCGCAGGGGCCUCUUCCUGCGACAUUUGAAGUAAGUCUUGCUUUCAAGUAAUAUCUUUACCAAACUAACAAUUGGCAGGAUUUUUGGAGCGUGGUUUGGGAUCAAGAUGUCAGAGUCAUUGUAAUGCUUACAGCGGAGAAGGAGGACGGGCGUUUAAAAUGCCACCAGUACUGGGAGAACCAACAACUUGGGCCCCUACAGCUAAGAGGUCUUUCAGAGAAGAAAAUAUCCCUCGACUCCAGAAAGCACCAUCGCCCACCUGCCAAUCGUGGAGAUAGUGGGGGUUCUGGAGGUGGUGGGGGUGGUGGUCGAAGAAGAGCCGCAACCACUUCACAGAACGCCCCUCCCCCACUACCUCAAGAACCUCCUCAUGCAAUUGUUCGGAAGUUCACUUUGUCACAUUCUGGCCAACCAUUUUCUCCCAUGCGUGAGAUAACCCAAGUACACUACUCUUCCUGGCCCGAUUUUGGUGCACCGGCAAGUUCAGAUCAACUUUUGAACCUAGUUGAACUCACCAAUCUUAUGCAACGAGCCGCAGCCUCAUCAACUUCAUCACCCCGUUCCGAUGAUCCGGAAAUGAACGAAGCUCCAAGACCAAUACUCGUCCACUGCAGUGCUGGAUGUGGGCGUACGGGUACUUUCUGUACCAUCGAUUCCGUUAUCGAUAUGCUGAAACGCCAACGAAAAGAAAUCACGAGUGGCAUUACACCCAUGGAGGGUAUGACUUCUCAUGAUGGAGAUUACAUGGGCAAAGGAAAGAAGAAGUCUGUCGGGGUUGACAGCGACUGGAUUUUCGAUCAAGACCUGGAUCUGAUUGAAAAGACAGUCGAAGAUUUUAGAGGCCAGCGAUUGAGCAUGGUCCAAAGUCUUAGGCAAUACGUCCUAUGCUAUGAGGCUAUCCUCGAAUGGAUUGCCCAACAAACUACUAAUACAGGCAGGUCAGCGCAUGAGAGAGCUGGUAGCGUGGCAUUUUGAAACGAUGAUAUGAAUACGCCUGUCAUACAGGACAAGGCAGGCAAAAGGGAUGAAGGAAGAAACACGGCGAAUGACAUAAGGGCGAAGAAAGGACCUAGCGACAUGAGAGGGUCGAAAGGAUUCUUUGCGGCAUAUUCGAUAAAUAUAACACGACAUCAUUGCAUACAGUAAUGGGGGUUCUUCCCAAAACACCAAAAGUAUCCGUAUAUAUACACAUACCCCAGAAGGAACAUGGAAUGUGCAUUCAUUUUUCUGGUCUACCCGGCAAUCAUUGGUUUAUCAAACUCAAAAAGAGACAUUAUAUAUACAAUACCGGGCCCAUGGCUCUCGAUCCUCGGUUCUUCUACUUUCUACUACGAGCACACAUGAUAUUAAAUGGCAUGGCAUGGCAUGGAGUGGCGUUCUUUGAAUGAAGGGUGGGGAGUAUGAUAUGAUAAUGAGCGAGCAAUUAGAUUUUUUUCUUCUCCUUCAUCUUUGGUUCUCUUGUGAAUGGGUGAAUGAAUGAAUAGGCAUGUAUGUGUUAGACGAGCGAUAGUUCGCUUAUGAUAACGGCUUCGGCAUUGUUUGUGGUCUGCUUUCUUAGUUGUGAUGUUUU